UUUGAAAUGGUUACCUAUUGACACGGUUUAAUUUUUGUAUUUGAGUAAUAAGAUACGUAGAAUGCGACGAAAACAGUUCUUGGAUCUGAAUCUGAUCUGAAUCUAUGUACAAACCUGGUACUGGUGAAAGUAAACCCGGAAGACGACUUAUAUGUGCCAUUCGGGAAAUAUUUGUGUUUGUCACAUACAAAAUAAUAUUUGUUGCUCUGAUGACCAACUUAUCAAAUGACUUGUAGACAUUACUUUAUGAGCAAUCGUACUCCAUAUUUUAUUUUGUCGUAUGCGCGUACUUAGAUACAUACUUAACUGCCUCAACUACAAAUCUACAUACCCGAUUUGCAUACGGCAUCGUUGACUUGCAAAUUUUAAUCUCGAUUCAGAAUUUCAAAAUUUGAAAUGCCUUCCAUCAACCCACCCACUUGGAGAGGUGUUUCCACGAAUCGGGAGCAAUCAACCAUUCAUCAUCUUGCCCAAGAACUUCGACGUCUGGAGCAAUCCACUCUUGUAAUUAGAGAAAACUUGGAUAACCAGCGUAAUAACACCAAUUACCACAUCACCAACAAUCCAGAAACUAUCGUCGAUGUCAGCGUCCAAUCUGGAAACGAAAAUACUUUCGAUAAUGGAAUAAUUUCAAGUGAUCUCCAAUCCCUUGAAGAAAGAGGAGUCGAAUUACAACAGAGGAUUCGAAACGUCUUGAAAUCAAACGCAGAAAUUAAGCAUGAAAUGAGGCAAUAUUUCUGUGAGAGUGAAUCCUGGAAUCUGCAAUUUAUUGAGGAAUCCAAGAUGUUGGAUAUGGAACUGAUGGAACUAAAUAAAGUGAUCACUCCAGAAAUUAUUGUGGAGCCCAUACCUGAACAAAGCAAGCUCAGCAUUGUAACAAAUAAAACAAAGUAUUGGUGUAACGUUCUUGGAGCCACUGGAAAAAACUGCAUGGCCAGCUUGAAAAGAAAAUUGGAAGCCAAUUUCCUAGAUAUGCCGGAGAAUUUGAAUCGUGAUUUAUUAUACUACUCUGUUCUGCAUUACUUGUAAUAUGCACGUAUACAUAUAUGUUUAAAGUCGUUAUUGAUACAUUGAUCAGCUUUCUGCUUACACAAUAUUAUUGUCAAUCGUAUCAUCUUAUUACCAAUAUGUAGAUAAUGUUGAAUGUUGAUAAUUGAUGGUUUUGUUAAUACCGAUAAAUAUCAGAUUAUCAUAUUAAAUAAAAAUACCAAUGCUAAAUUGA